AUGCCUAAAAAGAAGAAGCGAGGUUUCCAGAAGAAGAAGAAGGAUGAUUCUCCAGGCGAUGCGUCAGAUUGUGAGUCGCUAGAAAGACUGCCCUCCUCAAAGAAAGUUGCUGCAGCUUCAUCUACUAGCCAGCUGGAGGAUGAGGUCGAUCAGAUUUCAUCAUUUACGAGAAUAUCCCUCAACAGCAGUAAGUCAGAGAGUGGAGAAACUGCAGGACUGUCAUCUUCUCAUUUCUUUUGUAACUACUGUGAGUUUUCUGCAGAGUCCAAAUCAGUGCUUUUGGGACAUACAAGGCAGCAUAUGAUUAAAUGUCCACACUGCUCGUUCAGCAGUCUGUCGCGGAUUGAAGUCAGUCGCCAUUGCAAGCAUGAGCACGAGGAAGACCCUGAAGGGGUCUCUCAGGAAGUGGGUUCCUCUAGUGCCGACUGUGAGAUGGAUAAGGAUCCGUGUACAGCAUGUGUCUUCUGCAGCUUUUUGACCUACAGCACAGAACAUCUGGAGAAGCACACGCUUCACAAGCAUCCUGGUAUGUUGGCAAAAUCAGUGGCUCGGAUGAUCACCAAACAAAGCAGUACGGAAGUACGCAGAGAUGAUGCUCUCUUUUAUUUGUCCAUUUCAAAUGAAGGGCUAGGCAAAUCUUCAAACUUAAUGGCCCCAGAAAAUUCAUCCUCACCGAUCGUCAUUGAUCCGGUUGUUAGCAAGUCAGAAGAUGUUAAGCCUGAAAUAAAAUGUUCUUAUACAAAAUCGGUGUCUAUUUUACAACGAACAGGGCGGCUGCCUGUAGAACAUAAAUUUGAGAAUAAUCGUUGUGAUGCCUUGACUGGAGACAAGCUGGCUAACAGAAACACCCCAGCCAAAGCAGAAAGUUCAGGAGUACCUAUGCUAGUGAAGGUGGAAAGCUUAUACUGUCUGACCUGCCCAUACAGCAGUGCCUACAUUGAGAAACUGAAGUGCCACACUUUAGCUCAGCAUCCAGUAGGUCCUGCAGUGGCAACUUACAACACCAACUGUGUCGAUGCUGAAGAUAUCGUCUUCUUCUGUGUGAGAGAGGACUGCAGCCAUACCAGCUCUGACAGUAUGUCCCACCAGAAACACCUCAUGAACUGUUGCUCUUGCCAGCAGACGAUGAAAGUUUUGGAGAAGGAAAGACUGAAGUCAACUGUAACUUAUAUUUUAGAGCAUCAGAAGAAGCAUCACCUGCCGGCAGCAGAUGGUUUCUUUGACUUUGCUUCUCUUUUUCUGGAUGUUUGCUUGCCUCCAUCUUUAACAGGAAUCUCCUCUUCAGCUUCAGAAAAUCAAUCCGUUAGUCAAAAAAGGGCUGAAAGAUCAAUAAAUAUGCCUCAGAAUUCGGCAAUGUAUACAGCAAAAGCUUCCCUAGACAACUCCCCUUUAGAUACAGGUCUGUAUAGGGCUCCAAGUCAUUUGAGUUCCACUACAGUAUCCUCUUCUGGUUCUCCAAGUACAGAAAGUAACUCUUCAAAAUCUAGUCAGAUGUUCUUUCCCCAGCAAGUGCAGAGCGUGACUCAGAAUAUACAGGCAUCUGCUAACAGUGCUGGAGACCUCCAGAAUCAAAUGGCGCAUCAUUCUGUGAUGCUGCCAACUCAGGCUGACUGCUUCCCCAGAAACCUGUCAGCUGAUGGGAGGUCAUUGCAACCAGUUCAAAAUUACAGUGUAGCUUUUUAUCCCCAAAGCCAGGGAAACUGCCCACAACCUGCAUCUGCAAACCUACAGACUGCAUCUGCAAGCUCUCUCCUGGCAAGUUACCCAGACACCCCACAGGCAACUGCUGGCUGGCAGACGGGCCAGGUACAAGCUACAGGUUUGCCUUCUGCCCCAGUUCAGUCAGAACAGAAUUACAGGAAUACUUUUCUGACUCAGAAUUCUGAUGCCAACAUGACCGGUCUUCGGACACAGAACAGCACAACAUAUAAUCCUCUGAGUCAAAGUCGAACUGAUACAUUUUCUAUGGAGCAGGAUCAUGAAAUGAAUCAAAGCUUUAGACCUGCUGCUUCAGACAGCUAUGCACCCAGCCCUGGCCACUUUUCCCAACCUCCUGUGAGUGGGUCACACCUGCAUAUUAACAACACAAACUCUAGCUUUCCUGGCCAGCCGAGCGAAACUUCCACAAGUAAUAUUUCUAAUGUCCUGAUGACAUCAGGUGUCAAUACAGUGUCAAAUUCUAUGACAAGUAAUGUGUUUUAUGGACAGCAGAAUCCAGUCAGCAGUGUUCUCAACACAAUAGACAUAGAUCAAAGUUCUGUAGGAACCCAGUCACCUCCAAAAAUGGUAGAUCUGCUGUCUGACUCGUACUCCAUCUUACUGUCAGAUGAAUUUGGUCCAGAUGGCCAGGUUCAGCAAGUUAACGACAAUAAUAGCUUUAUUCAAACACCACAUAUGCCUGUUUGUCCUCCUUCAUACCAGUCCGAAGCAACGCUAAGUACACAUAACCAAGCUCAAGUUUCACAGUCGUCUGUGCCUCAAGGACAACCCAUUCCUUACCAAGCUAUGCAACAUGAAGGAUCCAGAUUUCAGCCACUGGCUGUUGAUGAUUCUCAAAUGCCAGCUUCUGGAAAUCAGUUCUCAUACUCCGCUUCUAAUCAGAAUAACCAGAUAAAUAAGGCAGACAGCACAGGACAGAAUCCUGGUUUUCAGACUGUUCAGAAUCCUAGCAACUAUGGAGCAUUGCAGAAUGCUUUAUCUCAAAAUUCAAAAAACUAUGGUGCUUUACAAAGUUCUUUUCCAUCUGAGGAAUCACCAAAUGCCCAGCCAGCACCAUUUCAAUCGUCUGAAGUUCCAAACUUUUUGGUAUCACCAGGGGCUCCAUCUUCACACAUGCGACCAGUGCAACCACAUCCAGCAAAUUCAUUCAAUAAUCGGCAACUAGGCGCAGGACAGACUGCUGUUGGGCAUCCAGGGACAUUUACCCCACCCAAGAAUAGCCAACCUGGCAACAAGUUUGCCAGUCCAUCUCCUCUCAGCCCUAGUAUCUAUCUUAGUGGUCAAGUUCCCAGACACAGGAGGUCAAACUGGACCGAUGCUGACAUGAGUCCGAGGGGAAUGAUGAUGUCCGGUGCGUCUCCCAGGCAUGUGCAUCCACCUGUGUCUGCUCCAGGAAGUCACAGCUUCAUGAGUCAAAGACAGUCUGUCCCCGGAAGAAGAGGCUAUGCCAGGGGACCCCGGAUGUCAUCGGGGAGAGGUAGAAUGCCAAUUCCCCGAAUGCCAUACAGCCAAACUGGCGGUGGUGGAGAUGACGAUGAUGUAAUUCUAACAGCUGUCGUCAGGGGCACUCCUCCCAAGAAGCAACAACCUCACCAGCAACCAGUUGGCAGAGGGGCAUACCGUGGAACCCCCAGUCCUGCCCCUAGAGGCAGGGGCCAGGUAUUACCAAUUCAGAAUCGACAGAGAAAUCUGAAUUCUGCUCCGAGGGUGCCUUAUCCAGUAGCUAUACCACCGCCUCAAACUCAUAAACAUUUUGACAUCAGUAAGCAUUUUGAAGAUCUUGCUUGCGUGGUCAACGCCUCGGCUGAUGACGCUGAUGGUGUAGGGGAUGAUAUCCAAAUUGUGGCUGUCACUCCAGGGAAGGAUAAGGACAAAAUGAACCAGCCCAAGGCUGUAGAUGCCAGCAAGUUUUCCUUUUGCUGUGUGCACUGUGGUAAAGACCAGGGUUCAAAGACUGUUAUGAAGCAGCACAUGAAAGCUCGUCACAAUGACUCUUUGUUGGGAGCAUUUACAAACACAGAGACCGGUCAGCUGCUCUUCUUCUGUCCGCAGCAGGCUUGUGAGUUUAUGACCUAUGAUGAGAAGAGACUGAGUGAACAUCUUUCAAAAUGUUUUGAUUUGGACCGAUCCAAACCUUUUGAUUUUGGUACAGCCAUAAAAAACUUGAAAUCUCUGAAGAUUCGGCAGUUGGAUGUCCGAACGAUGGGCAGAAGCCAGGAAUUUGCUAUAGAUCUGGAUGGACAGGGUAUGAAGGAUAAUUUCAGCAGUAGUUUGAAUGACGCUUUUGGGGACAUUGUUGUGAAUGCGUCAGGCAGACACAUGCUUAGAAAUGCGCCACCUCAUCAAGCUCGACUGUCACAGCAGCAGUUUCAGUCUGCACUGCCACCGAGUGCAGCCACGGGAAGUAAAUCCCCUGUGAGACAUUUGCCUCCGUCGAACUUAGCCCCACGGCUGGGAAAUCCAAGGUUUAUACAACCUGGACACAUAGGAAACAGAAUGCAUAGGCCAAUGGCAUCUCCACGUUACGCAAAGCAGCCGAGUUAUGAAAUGCGCCCACAGCUCCGACAGACUGGCCCUAUGGAUGUUCGGAAUAUCAGAGAUAUGCGCCCAAGAGCACCAAAUUCUGCUGUGCAGCGCCAGCCGAUGCGUGCGGCACCACCAUAUAAUAUCAUGACACCAAGAAUGCCUAGCAGAAGCCAGCAGGAGCCUGUUAUAGUUAUUGAUGUGGAUUCUCCAGAAAGACCAGAAGAAGGACAGGAAUCAAUGAUAAUUGACAGUCCCGAAAAUAUACAUCAGUUGCCCUUAGUGUCCUCCGACCAGUUCCCCAGUUCAGGUCUUUUAGGAGCAAGACCUGAGAAUAUAAAUAGCUAUCCAGAAAUGAUGAAUGUUGAUUCGUGCCCAGAACAGCAGCCAGUGUCAGACAAUGCCAGCUUGGUACCUGGUUAUCAGGCAUCAGCCAGUCCUAACUUGUCUCCGAGCAGCAUCCAGGCACUGGACAGCAGACUCAGCGAUAGAGCACAUGCAUCACACUCUGAUUCUUUGGUUGACCAGUCUGUUCACUAUUCUUAUGAUGGCAGUAAUUCGGUCGAUGAGGCACCAGAAUCUGAGGAGGAUCAUUUGCAGCAGGAUAGUGAAUCUUUGUCAGGCAUGUUGACCAGAAAAUCAAAUUCUGCUGCCUUGAGUUUGAGUCAAGGGGAUGAACCCAACUCUGACUGUGAUCCUGACAGACCAGCUGUUGAUUCACAUGCUUCUGUAACUGACAGAGUCAUAGGAACAUCAAAAGAGUACGCAUCAACAGCUUCAUAUGUUGGGUCUUCUAAUGUUCAUUCACAUGCCGCAGACAGUCCUCAUGGUAUCCAAACUUACCCGUCAUCAACGUCGUCGACUCCCAUUCCACCUACCGACAGUCAUUUAAGUAUAGAGUCAACAGAAGAGUGUUUAGAUGAAGAAGAAAAAGUGAACGCAUUAGUUCUUGAGAAAGUCUUUGCCAAAGUCCCCAACAUGCCCAAGAACCUUUCUCGGAGAUUAGUGGCAAAAUUCAAAGAAUAUGCAAAACACAGAGGUGUGAAAAUCACUACGGAUUCUAAAGUUAUUGAUGAGUUUGUCAGCAAAAUAUACUAUAAGGGAUCAGCAGGUGAUAAAGCUGCCAACAGACCUCAGCCACCUCCUGAUUCUCCACAUUUCCAACCUGCUGAAUCCCCACAUGUACCUACUUCAGCACCUUUAGCUCCACCAGUCUCCAACAGUUCUAUUCCAAGUUCAGGAAAUACUCAACCUCCACAAAGAGAUGAUGAUUAUGAAUCUCCCAAAGAUUAUCGUGACUGUAACACAGACACUGUGCAGGAGGAUCUUCAGCCGAAAGAAUAUGCUCAUAAAGAGCCAGCAGCAGCUGAAGAUCCUAGUUUCUCCGAGCAGUCUUCAGCUAGCGAUGUUGUUGCAACUCAUGUUAUUCUAGCAGAGAAAACUUUACACUUCUCACCAACUUUUGCAAGUAUUGCUAUGAAAUCUUCAAAGAUAUUAGAGACUCUACAUUGUGUGGGUAGGAAGGAGAAGACAAUAGAAACUAACCAGCAACGUCCAGCAGAAUUGAGUGACUCUCUACUGAAGUCACAUGUUGAUAAUGAAAGCAGUACAGUUGUGAACAGAAGGAACAGUCUCAGUGAUUGGCCGCUGCCAGCUUCAGUGGCCAUGGCUAGUCUGCGCCGGUCAGGCUCAUUACCUCAGAUUGCAUUGAGUUUUCCAGCUUCUCCAGGAGCUGUCAGGUUGCCAUUGGAACAUAUACAAGAAGAUUCAACAACAGAAGCAUCUUCAGCUCCUGUGUUGUCUGCAGAUGUUAGUGAGAGUUCAGAAGAUAGACCAGCUGUCCUUCGUGAAGAUUGUGAAGAAGAUGCAGAUGUUAAUGAGAGUUCAGAAGAUAGGCCAGCUGUCUCUUCUGAAGGAGAUGUAGAUGUUAAUGAGAGUUCAGAAGAGAGACUAGCUGUUCUUCCUGAAGAUUAUGAAGGAAAUGCAUAUCUUAAUGAGAGUUCAGAAAAUAGGCAAGCUGUCCCUCCUGAAGAAGAUGCAGAUGUUAAUGAGAGUUCAGAAGAGAGACUAGCUGUCCUUCCUGAAGAUUAUGAAGGAAAUGCAGAUGUUAAUGAGUGUUCAGAAGACAGAGAAGGUGUCCCUCCUGAAGAAGAUGCAGAUGUUAAUGAGAGUUCAGAAGAUAGGCAAGCUGUCCUUCCUGAAGGAGAUGUAUAUGUUAAUGAGAUUUCAGAAGAGAGACUAGCUGUCCUUCCUGAAGAUUAUGAAGGAGAUGCAGAUGUUAAUGAGUGUUCAGAACAUAGACAAGCUAUCCCUCCUGAAGAUUUUGAAGCAAAUGCCUUUGAACCAGCAGCUGAAACUGGGGAGGAGCAUAAGCCUCUAAUUACAAUCAAAGAAAAGAUGAAAGAAGAAGUAGAAGUUAGUUUUCCCCCAGCACCAGAAGCAGAGACUGUGCCCAUCCUGAUCAGCUCAAGUGUGGCAGACAUUGUUUCCGGGCAUCCAAGUUUGGAGGUUGAUAUUGCUGGAAAACCGCUGAAGCAGGAAUUUCUGGAUGAAGACAACCGAGACUUGGGAGAAGACAACCAAGACGUGGGUGAAAUUGGCGAGGUUAAAGAUAAUGUUGUCAGCAAAACUGGUUGUGACAGGUCUCCAAAAGAAGAUAUGUUUGAGAAGUUAACACCUAAGUCUUCAAACUUUAUAGACAGAAAAACAGGACAGCUUCUAUUGAAGAAAACCAAAAGAGGAAGGCCUAGAAAGUUGUUUGCAGAGAAAGAAGAGCCAAGGAAGUUGUCUGCAUCAAAAGUAAAGCCAAGAAAAUUGUCCUUGGAGACAGAAAAGCCAAGUAAGAAGUCUGCGGAGACAGAAAUGCCAGGUAAGAAGUCUGCGGAGACAGAAAUGCCAGGUAAGAUGUCUGUGGAGACAGAAAAGCCAGUGAACUUGUUUACACAGAAAGAAGAAAAACAACAAGAAGAAGAGAUUAAGGACUUUGAUGCUGAAGAAGAACACAUUGUCAGGCGGUCUUCAAGAAGCCGUAAACCUGUUAAUAAAGAUUACCGAAGUGAUGCAAAUGAGAUCGAUGAGCUGAUGUCUGAUGACGAUGAUGAAUAUCUUAUGUCUGAGGAUGACUAUGAUACCGAUACAGAUGGCGACUGGCGUGGUGGUGACUCGGAUCAGCCUCCUAAAAAACGGAUCAAGAAGGUUCGGCCGCCACCAGAUCCUACAGCUUUCGACAUUUCCACAAAGGGGAAGUUCAAAUGCUGGCUGUGCAAAAAGGUGUUCUCCAGAUGUACUUUUGCAAAGUCCCACCUCGUUCAGAAGCAUAAAGAUGGAUUAUGUGCGGUCUACGUGGACAAAUCGGAAGAAAGUAAAUCCCUGUGUCUGCUGGUGUUUUGUCCUAGAAAAUGCCGGUAUGUGACACUUGACCUGGAAGGCUUAAAGAACCAUGUAGAAAACUGUGCAGAAACGGAAUUAGAAGUUGACGGCAAGCCUUUUAAAAUAAACUCAGUCGUUUUCUUUUUUAUUCCAUUUUCAUUGAAAGUGCAUCAUACCUGGUCAUGUCUAGGUUCAUCUAUCUCUCUAGGUUCAUCUGUUUCUCUAGGUUCAUCUGUCUCUCUAGGUUCAUUUGUCUCUCCAGGUUCAUCUGUUUCUCUAGGUUCAUCUUUCUCUAGGUUCAUCUGUUUCUCUAGGUUCAUCUGUCUCUCUAGGUUCAUCUGUCUCUCUAGGUUCACUUGUCGCUCCAGGUUCAUGUAUCUUGCUAGGUUCACACAACUCUAG